AUGCGCCAGAACUCGGUCGCCAGCAGCCGCCAUGGCUCCGUCGACGCCAACGCCAACGCCGCGCUGGCGAAGAUGGGCUACAAGGCCGAAUUGCCCCGGAAUCUGAGCAUGUUCUCCGUUUUGGGCCUGUCGUUCGCCAUCAUGGCUGUUCCCUUCGGUCUCUCCACCACCUUUUACAUUACCCUUGCCGAUGGACAAUCCGUGACUAUCCUCUGGGGCUGGGUCCUGGUUUCGCUCAUUUCCCUCGGUAUCGCCGCGUCUUUGGCCGAAAUCUGCGCCGUGUAUCCGACCGCCGGCGGUGUCUACUACUGGGCUGCCAUGCUUUCGACCAAGAAAUACGCACCAAUUGCUUCGUGGAUCGUGGGCUGGCUCACACUCGUCGGAAACUGGCUGGUCACUUGCAGUAUCAACUUUUCCGGCGGCCAGCUGAUCCUUAGCGCCAUCAGCCUGUGGAACGAGGAUUUUGUCGCCAACGAGUGGCAAACCAUCCUGAUGUUCUGGGCCGUCAUGUUCGUCUGUUUCUCGGUCAAUGUCUUCGGCGCCAAGUAUCUGGACUUGAUCAACAAGAUUUGCGUCUACUGGACCGCCGCCAGCGUUGUCAUCAUCUUGGUGACGGUUCUGGCCAUGGCCCCUUCGAAGCGUAGCGGCGAAUUUGUCUUCGCUCACUUCGACGCCUCCGGAAGUGGAUGGCCGUCCGGCUGGGCUUUCUUCGUCGGCCUUCUCCAGGCUGCCUACACCUUGACCGGCUACGGUAUGGUUGCCGCCAUGUGCGAGGAGGUCCAAAACCCGGAGCGUGAAGUUCCCAAGGCCAUUGUCCUCUCGGUCGCUGCCGCUGGCGUCACGGGUGUCGUGUAUCUCAUCCCCAUUCUUUUCGUGCUGCCUGAUGUGCAGAUGCUUCUGAAUGUGGCUAGCGGCCAGCCCAUUGGUACCCUUUUCAAGGAGGUGACUGGUAGCGCGGGCGGUGGCUUUGGCCUUCUCUUCUUGAUCCUCGGCAUCCUGUUCUUCGCUGGUACCGGUGCUCUCACUGCCGCCAGUCGAUGCACGUAUGCCUUUGCCCGUGACGGUGCCAUCCCCGGUAGCCGGCUGUGGUCUCGUGUCGAUAAGCGCUUCGACAUCCCCCUCUGGGGUCUGGUUCUCUCGACCGUUGUCGACUGUCUCUUGGGUCUCAUCUUCUUCGGAUCCAGUGCGGCUUUCAACUCCUUCACUGGAUGCGCCACCAUCUGCCUAAGCGCCUCGUAUGGUGGGCCCAUUCUUGUCAGCGUCCUGCGUGGUCGUAAGCUGGUCCGCCACUCGACUUUCUCUCUCGGCAAAUUCGGUCUUGCUAUCAACAUCUUGACAAUCAUCUGGAUCGCCUUGGCCGUAGUGCUUUUCUGCAUGCCGGUAAGCUUGCCUGUGGAUGCGACGACGAUGAACUACGCUUCAGUUGUGUUUGUCGGAUUUGGCACCAUCUCGUUGGUGUGGUACAUCAUCAGGGGACGCAAGGACUUCAAGGGCCCGCCUGUCAUGCAGACCGAGAACCCCGAGGAUAUCGGAGUCGUUGCUGGAAUGCCGGUCGUGCCAGAUUCAUCGAGCGCAGAUGGGACCGAGGGAAAAGAGGAGCUAGCGAAGGCUUGA